CUAGAAAGGGAGAGUAUCAAGAAGAACAGGAUAGGAGAUAUUGAGAAAGACAUUGGGGAAGGGGUUGAAUUGAGAACAGCCAUUCAAAAGCCAGGAUUUCGUUUAUUUUACUGCUGUUUAUUGUCAUUCAUACAUUAUAUGCAUAAAGUAUAUUAUAUAUACAUCGUGAUCAUUCACGUGUCUAUGUUUUCUUUUUCUCAUCCUUUUCCCGUUUGAUUUCGCCUUUUUUUUUUUUUUUUGUCUCUGGGUAAAGAUUCUUGGUGGUUACCGUUUAUCUAAAGGUGGUCGUUUAAUAUAUAAGGGACCCUCUGUUUGAUUCAACUCUCAUUUAUUCAAGAGUAAGAGAAAAUCUAAAGGGAGAAAAUGGAGGGAGGGAAACAAUCAGGUUCUUCUUUCACUUCUGAUCUUUUUGGUUCAAAGGAUUCUUCUGCAUCAUCGUCUUCUCGGAUUUUCGACUCAAUUUUCGCACCUUCUACUCAGGUCCCGGGACAAGCAUCUUUACAUCCUCUUGGAUCUGAGAAGAAGCAGGACUCUGGAAAUACAGUAUGGAGUGCCAAUACUGGGGUUAUAGGCAAUAACACUAGAAGUGUUGAAGGUCAGAGAAAGAGCAUACUGAGCAAAGACCCGAGUUGGGGUUAUCAGGAAGAAAAAGUUCAACCAUUUCAUUAUAGCUCGUCGAUAUACUACGGUGGUCAAGAUGUCUAUUCUAGUCCCCAGAAUACUCAGAGUCCAGGACUAACUACUUUUGGUAAAGAUGGGGAAGAAGAUGACUCAGGCAGUGCUUCUAGAGGGAACUGGUGGCAGGGAUCUCUUUAUUAUUAGAGUUUGUCACCAUGGCAUGGGAAUUUACCUUAUCUUAGGAAAGUAUAAAAGAAGGGAAGAAGGGACGGACUUGUUCUAGCUUCUUUUAAAUGGAAGAUAGAUUAUAGUUAAUUUAGCUAAAGACGGCUACUUUUUGCUACUCCGUGAUUCCACUCUUUCUCUACAAGGCUACGAGACUGUGUCGAGUUGUAUAUAAUUUUAGCUACUAAAUCUUUUUUUUUUUUUUCGAUGUCAUACUGUAAAGAAUAAUGAACUUGGUGCUUUUAGCCCUUCGGCUGAAUGGAUAUGACCUUUGGUAUUUUCAUAUU